AUGGCUCUUUGGACCGGCUUUCCCGCGGGCUCUGGACCGAAGGUGAACGAGGAUUCGUGCCCGGUGCCUCGAAAGCCACUCAAAUGCAAAGCAAAGAGCCAUGACUUCGAAAGGAAACUCUCAUCCAGGUUCAUCGUUCCUGAAGAGAUCCUCAAGAAUACCGACUUGGAGUACAAGGGCCAAUCUGUCCUCUUAAUGAUGCCCUAUGAGAUUCUUCUUGCAGUAUACGACAAUGUCGCUCACGCUCCAUCCCAGGUUGCCCUGGCACUAACUUGCAAACGCAUGGCUAUUGCAGCGCGCAACGUCCAGCUUUGUCUCUCGCCCACCUCGCCCAAGUAUGCGGGCUUUCUCCCAAAGGCCGUUUUUGAUGUUCCGGAACUCAUGACCCAGUUGAAGCCCUGGAUGCCAGCCGAUCUCCGCUUGUGCAAUCACUGCCUCACCAACAGACCUCGGCGUGAGGAAUAUUGGAACACCAUCAUUGGCUGCGAGGUCAGCAACUUCUGGGUCCAGAAGACUGGUUGGGACUUUCACAAUGCGAGUUGGCAUAAGCAAGUGCACGAUAUCUGUCCCGCAUGCCAUGCUUCCUGCACCCUGAGCGAUUAUGUUGAUUGCGAUGGUUGUCGAGCCCUCGGGCGCCUAGGCGAUGUGGACUGGGCCAGGGUAUCUGACUCCUGGAGAAGGAGGACGGAAGAGGAACUUCGAGCUGGAAGAUUCGCAACUGGACCUUCAUAA